AAUAUAUUUUUCAUAUCAUGUGCAUGUAAUUACUAUCUGUACUGAUAGUUGUCCAUAUUCCUUCAAGUAUUCAUUAGUUUAUAAAUAUAUAAUGGGAGGAUAAUGAUCUAUAAUACUAAUAUAAUACUAGCCGCGUUUCUGUAGCCAAUCAAUCACUGAAUUGACACAUUGUCAAUGGGUUAUUGUUGUACCAUGUUCUAUUUGGGGAGGUCGAUUAUAACAUGUAGGUUACUUAAGUUGUUAAGAUUUUUCCUUUUCAAUGAUUAUAAAUAAAACAAGCAGAAUAAUUAAUUUAUAAUUUUUAAUAUUCAUUUUAUUUACAAAUUUGUAUUUCCCUAUCGAUCUAUGUCUUUCUGACUAAUUUUUCGUAAUUGUAGAAAAUUGAGAAUAUUUAGGCUUAUUUAAAGUAAGGAAAUAUAAAUUGUACUCAUUAUAUUUGAACAGCCAGUUAACAUUUUAAUAUAUAGUCUGUUAUCAAACAGAAUACUUCCAAAACAGAACAGCGAUAAAUUAGAAAAUCGGAUAAAUAAAAUACAAAAAAUAUUGAAAAUAAUCACUUCUAAUUAAAAUAUUUCAUAAAAAAAAUCAAUGCCAAUACUACAAGUACACCGAAGGAGCGCUAGUACUUGAAUACUCUUACUAUGGACAUCUUACAAGAAAAUUGUCAAGUACAUAUAUUUAAUUACAGAUAUCCGAAUCAUCUACGCCCAAUGAGAACAGUUCGUUAACAGCAUUUGCUUUUGUCCUUCUAAGAAGUCAAUUAUAAUGGGAUGCAAUGAAGAAGAUACGGGAGUAACCGUUACCGCGGUCACUUAAACAUCGGAAGGCAAAGGGAAGUAGCAAAUCCGUUUAAUAAUUAGUUACGGACAGAAUUGCCACCCAUGAAAUUCGUGCAACAGAGCAGUUGGAAAUAAAUAGUGAUUCCGUCACACACUCUACUUGAACAAGUCGUGUCGUGAAGAUGUCCAGUUCUUUGAGCUACCAAAGCACUCCGCACAUUGGAACCGCAACGAAUCUCCUAAUCGACAGAUUCCAUCAUCCUCCGAGCGGCGAAGAACACGUCUACAAGACUAAAGGAAAGAAUAAGAACAAUGUAGCUCUAUCAGCGCUUACUCUGCUAGCGUUCCUGUUCUUCCUAAACAUCCUGCAGAACUGCAUCCAGGAUCACAUGGACGAUAUGAAGGGUAAAGGGAAGGGCAUGCAGAUGGUGCCGCAGCAGGUCAUGAUGCCCGUGACUUUGGCCCCGGCUAGAAGAGAGGCGCAACGGAAGGACGUGAUCGAGAAGAAGGGCGAUAAUUUGGAUGAGGAGGAUGUGAAACCAGAAGACAAUUCCGAAGGGAAGAAUAGGAAGCACAGAAAGCAGAUGAAGAACUCGAACUGAUACCACGUAUUGUUCAUUUAUUUAUUAGAUUUUAGCACGUAUAAAUAUUUAUAAAUCAACAAAUUGCAUUUAGUUAACAAUUUAGUAUAAAGUAAAAAUUACUACAUCCAUAUUCUACUAAAUGCGCAAAUAACUUGUUUAAUUUUGACUAUAGUCUUUUACCGUGGUACCUGUAUUACAAGUUAUUUGGCAAAUAUCGCGUAAUGAUUUGAAUGUACACUCCAUC